AUGAGUGAAAGUCCCCAUCGUUUUCCCCUUGAUCCGGCGGGUCAUCACCACCCACGGCUGCUCGUAUCUCAUGGCGAAAACCUGGAAACACACGCCCUAUACGACCUAUCUAAAGACGCAUACGUGAACAUAGACGUACCCGAACUGGCCUCCAAGCAGGCAGCCUUGGCCUCGUACGGUUGGCUCGUCCUCAUCGACUUCGAGGGAGAGGCGCGUCGAGAUGCCCCCGGCCACCACGAUUGCGGUUGUUGUCUCCUUAACAUAGCAUCCGGUGAGAGGAUCCGUAUCCCUCACAACCCGAUACGAGACUAUGAAUACACGUACGAGUCUUACCAGUGCAUCCUGUCCGGGCCCCCGACCGAGCCCGACUGCUACCUCAUGCUCUUCCCGACCCAACUCGACAAUAAGCGCCUUUACUUCUGUCAGAUGGGAGACGACUUCUUCAUGCCUGUGGAUAGGGACUUCGGGGACGGCACCUUGUCAGCCGUGUCGGGAUUCGGUGGGAAAACCUAUGUGUGGAUGGGAAACACGGGCCGUUUGUUCGAGUUAGUGUUUUACGUCGACCCAAUGUUGGACUUUGACUUUGUCCCGCUGGUGAGUGUGGCGGAGGAGGAGCUCUCCACGUGGCCGUUGAAGCCCAGCACCACCAAGGAUUUCAUAGUAGAGUCGGCCGUGGAUGGGGAGAUAUUGCUGGUUCAGGCGGUCCUCCGCAUGUAUUACAACGACGUGGCGUAUUUCAGGGUUUUCCGCAUAAUCAUGGGGAAAGGGAAGGAGUAUUGUGUGGAGGAGCUGACGAGCAUAGGGGACAGUGCUCUUUUCUUGGGCAUGCACGGGAGCACGGCAUGUUGUUGUGUGGGGGACGACGGGUCAUUGGGGGUUAGAAGGAACUCAAUAUAUUUUUAUUGGGUUGACCAGAAUUUGUAUAUCUAUGAUCUCGAGGACCGGAGCACGACACCCAUCAGGCCGUGCCCGGUCAAGGGUUCUUCUAUGUUCUUUUUGUCUUGGGUGUGA